CACUCCCACCUCCUUCGCUACAGACCGCCGCGUCACCAUGUCUGAGGACGCCAACUCGAACUCGCUCAUUGCGCUCAACAUUCUCCGGCUCGUCGAGUCGGCGUACCACAUCCAUGACCCAGAGAUCGAGGACUCGCCGAUCUCGGUCUCGCAGCUCCCGCCGGCAGGCGCCUCGGAGGACGCCCGCAUCUACCGCUACCUCGGCCGGUUCCAGAUCUUUGCCACCUCGUCGGACCUGCCGUUUGAGCCGAACACGGUGAUCGAGAUCACCUCGGACCGGUCAGUCUUUGACGCCUUUGACCUCCUUGUCCACCACAACGUUCUCUCCAUGCCCAUCCGCGAUCCGCAGUCCGGCGCGUACCUCGGGCUCAUCGACAUGGUCGACCUCGUCCACCUCGCCAUGACCUCAUUCGAUCAGGCCAAGCUCACUGACCUCGCCUCGCUCACAGGCUCGGCAGACUCGAUCUUUGUCGGCUCACUCGCCGACGCCGCCAACAUCUCGUCGUUCAAUCCGUUUGUCGCCGUCCCCAACGGCGUCGCCCUCCUCGCCGUCAUGCGGCUGCUCGGCGAGCGCGGCCUCCGCCGCAUCUGCGUCACAGACAACGACGGCCAGGUGACAGGCAUCAUCUCACAGUCGUGGCUUGUCCGCUGGCUCAACAUCCACAAGCUUGCCCCCGGCGCCGACCUCAUGAACGCCACCGUCGCCGACCUCGCCCUCGUCUCGGGCCCAGACCUCGUUGUCUCGGUCCCGGACAACGCUCUCGCUGCAGACGCCUUCAAGGCCAUGGUCGACAACGGAGUCACCUCGUGCGCGAUCGUCGACAGCAACGACGGCACGCUCGUCACCGUCGUUUCGGUCCGUGAUCUCAAAGUCCUCCGCGGCUCGGGAACCGAAGAGACCGACCACCAGCAGUCGUUCUCCUUCACCGCCCUUUUUGCGCCCAUCAUGGACUUUGUCUCGGCCUCGCGCAUGCAGAACCUUGUCACCUUCCCGGCUGUCGUUGGAGUCCGCCCAACCGCCACCCUCGGCACCGUCAUUGCAAAGUUUGCCUCCACCGGCCUUCAUCGCGUCUUUGUUGUCGACGACAAGCGCAUGCCUGUCGGCGUCAUCUCGCUCGGCGACGUCAUCCGCACGAUCCCGACACGCUCGCAAUAGCCUCACCAGUCCCCGCCACCAUGCGUCGCCCGCGCCGCGGCCCGCUCCCGCCGCCACCAGUAGACGGCGGCGCUGGCGCUCGGAGCGCCCCGCCCGCAGCCGACUCGAUAACAAACCCGAUUGCGCCCGGAUCCGACACGUCGACUCCACUCUGCCUGCUCGCCGUGUUCUCCGCCAGCGCUGCAAUGCCUUGGAUUGAGUACGGCGUCGUCGAUGAUGACGACCGCGACGCCGCCGCCGCGCUCGCCGCAGCCCGUCGCAGCUGCACCAUCUGCCGCUCCAGCCGCGCCCGCUGCUCGGCCGCAGCCUUGCUUGCGUUUCGGGCAAACGUCCGCCACCGCUCCUCCUGCCCACGUACUCUCUCAACCUGCUUGGCCGCAGCCUUGGCUGCGUGUUCGGCCUUGAACAGUCGUUGCUGCGUAGCUUGCAGCCGCCGAAGCACCGGCCGCCGCGCAUCGGCUGCCGAUCGCGCCGCCACAACCCGCGCGUUCAGCCGCGCUUCCGUCGCCACGUCGCUAUCCUCCACCUUGCGCUCGAGAUCAUGGAUGGUGUGCUGCUGCUGCAUGGCGAUGCGAAACAGCUUGAUGUUCUCCUUCACCGCCGUCGGAUGGUCCUUGGUCGGUAACGCGCGAAGGAAUGCCUCCUCCUCCAGCAGCAGGUCCAGGCCCGAGAUCCGGUCGGCCCUCGCUGUCCCCUUUCCCCGGCGGCCCAUCAGAAUCCGCUCCAGCGAGUACUGCCCCCCGCUACCUCUGCUGUCGAGAUCGCUCCCGCCGCCCUCACCGCCGCCAUCGCCGUCGUCCGCCGAGUUGUCCGCUGCCAGCGCCGCCCGCGCCCGCGCCUCGGCCUCGCGCAUGACUCGCCGCCCAGCAUCGUGCGCCAGCAUCUCAUCGUUAAACGCGGCUUCGUACGCG